GUGACAUCACCACAGUUCCUGUCACCGCACGGCUUCUCUACAGGUGGAGGUUCUACAGUAUAGAACCAUCCCUGUUGAUAGCUUCUAUAUAAGAGACCUUUCCUGAUUGACCUAUCAAGGAUGGACAGAGACAAGAUGGCAGAGAGAAUCAUAAAUCUGACCCUAGAGAUACUCUUCCAACUUACUGGAGAGGAUUACACAGUGGUGAAGAAGACCUCUAGUGAAUGCUGUCAGGCAACUGUGUCUGAAGGAUGGGGAAGAACCUUGAGCCCAAUCACGGGGCCUCCGCCUCACUCCCUGAUACAUGAGGAGAUCAAUGAACAGAAGAUCCUAGAUCUCAUCAACAGAAUGAUUGAGCUGCUGACUGGAGAGGUUCCUAUAAGGUGUCAGGAUGUCACUGUCUAUUUCUCCAUGGAGGAGUGGGAGUAUGUAGAACAACACAAGGAUCAGUACAAGGAUAUCAUGAUGGAGGACCACCAGCAUCUUACAUCACCAGAUGACUGUACCAGGAGCUCAGAGGGACAUCUGAUAUCUUCAACUCUCAAAGCAGAUGAUGGUGGUGUCACACAAGACACAUAUGAAGAGCGUGCCGUUAUCUCAGAUGUACCAUCAGCCGUUGACAGCAAAGAUCUAUCAUCUGAUCUUUUGCAACAUCUCCCAUCAUCAUCAGCUGAUUCAUCACAGGCUGUAAAGCAAAACAGAAGGAGCGAUACACAUCACAAGACCUUUUCAUGUUCAGAAUAUGGCAAAUGUUUUAACCAGAAAUCAGAUAUUAAGAGACAUCAGAGAAUUCACACAGUGAAGAAGCCAUUUUCAUGUUCAGAAUGUGAGAAAUGUUAUACUCAGAAAUCACAUCUUCAUGAACAUCAAAGAGUGCACACAGGGGAAAAGCCAUUUUCAUGUUCAGAAUGUAGGAAAUGUUUUAGCAAGAAAUCAGUUCUUGUUAAACAUCAGAGACUUCACACAGGGGAGAAACCAUUUUUGUGUUCAGAAUGUGGCAAGCGUUUUACUCAGAAACCAAAUCUUGUUGUACAUCAAAGAAUUCACACAGGGGACAAGCCAUUUUCAUGUUCAGAAUGUGACAGAUGUUUUAUCAACAGAUUAGAUCUUGAGAAACAUCAGAUAACUCACACAGGGGUGAAGCCAUUUUCAUGUUCAGAAUGUGGGAAAUGUUAUAGUCAGAAAGCAUAUUUUGUUGCACAUCAAAGAGCACACACUAGGGAGAAGAGUGAGAAGAGAAUUUCAUGUUCAGAAAGUGGGAUAUAUUUUAACCACAAAUCAGAGCUUGUUAACCAUCAGAGAAGUCACACAAGGGGGAGGCCAUUUUCAUGUUCAGAAUGUGGUAAAUGUUAUACUCAGAAAUCCCAUCUUGUUGUACAUCAAAGAGCACAUACAGGGGAGAGGCCUUAUUCAUGUUCCAAAUGUAGGAAAGGUUUUGCACAGAAAGCAUCUCUUGAUCGACAUCUCAUAAUUCACACUGAAGAGAAGCCAUUUUCUUGUUCAGAAUGUGGCAAAUGUUUCAAACAAAAAGUAGCACUUUUUGAUCAUCAGAAAAUUCACAUGUUGGAGAAGCCAUAUUCAUGUUUAGAAUGUGGCAAAGGUUUUAGUGCCAAAUCACAUCUUUUAAAACAUAAGAGAAUUCACACAGUGGAAAAACCAUAUUCAUGUUCAGUGUGUAACAAAAGUUUUUACCAGAAAUCUGAUCUUUGUAAACAUCAGAGAAUUCACACAGGGGAGAGGCCAUUUUCAUGUUCAGAAUGUGGGAAGUGUUAUACUCAGAAAUGCCAUCUUGUUAUACAUCAACGAGAACACACAGGGGAGAAGCCAUAUUCAUGUUCAGAAUGUGGGAAACGUUUUAAACGAAAAUCAGCUCUUGUUCGACAUCUCACAGUUCACACAGGGUUGAAGCCAUUUUCAUGUUUAGAAUGUGGCAAAUGUUAUAUUCUGAAAUCGGAUCUUGUUAGACAUCAGAAAAUUCACACUGGGGAGAAACCAUUUUCAUGUCCAGAAUGUGGGAGAUGUUUUACUCAGAAAUCACAUCUUGUUGGUCAUAUAAGAAUUCACACGAGGAGAAGACAAUUUCAUGCUCAGAAUGUAUGAAAUGUACGACUUUUAAAUCAAAUCUUGGUGACCAAAAAUAAAGUCACACAGGGAGAAGACAUUUAAUGUUCAGAAUGUGGGAAACUGUAAGGCCAUCUGAAUGAGAUCUUACAGUUAAAAUAAAGUCACAUACAUAGAUGGUUAUGAAAAGUAUACAGUUACCAAUGUUAGCAAUCCUUUUUAAGUUUUGCUUUUACAACUUAUGUUUGUUCCUAUAGAAUUAAAUUUCCGAAACAUAAUUUACCUCGUGCUAGCCCAUAUCACAGGUUCUGGUAAUGCCGACAUUUAUGGUAUUUUGGAAACUGGUUUCUCCUCUUCUAGAUAAUGGGUACCAAAUAUGGAGAGGAUCUGUUGUUAUCUAUUUUCCAUCAUGAGGAGCCUUUGGUGGCUUCA